AUAUAAACAAAUUAAUAAAGUAACAUGAGUAGAAAGGUUAGUUUAACAUCCAUUACCAGUGACUGGCAGAUAAAUAAUUCUGGAAUCACAUAACCUCUUUGAGUCAGUGCGUGUUAAGUAACGACCAGUUCUAAACAGCAUCAUGUACGUUAUUUCUCUACUUUUAAUUGAAAUUUUGACACAUUUAAGCUUUGCGGCUUUCCCAAAUGUGUAUGGAAAAAUUAAACAGUACCCACUUGGUGAUAAUCCUGGUUUACCUUUGAUUCUAACCCCUUUCAUUGAACAAGGAAAAAUUAAAGAAGCGCUUUCGGCCUCUGAAGUGCAUUUCAAUGGUUUUAAAGGCAUAAAAAGCUAUUCAGGAUAUUUUACUGUGAACAAGCCGUAUGAUUCCAAUAUGUUCUUCUGGUUUUUCCCUUCACAAACUAACUUUGAAAACUCACCAGUUAUUCUGUGGUUGCAAGGGGGUCCGGGAGCCACUUCCCUAAUCGGAUUAUUUGCAGAAAACGGACCAUUCACAGUCAUGAGCCAACACGGACUGAAAUUACGCAAAUACUCAUGGACCAACACCCAUUCGGUAAUCUACAUUGAUAACCCAGCUGGAACAGGAUAUAGUUUUACCAAUAAUGGGUUUAGCGAAAACGAAACCCAAGUGGGACUUGAUCUGUACAACGCCCUUCAACAAUUCUUUUUAAUGUUUCCACAAUUGGUUAAAAACGAUUUCUUCGUGUGUGGAGAAUCAUAUGGAGGAAAGUAUGUCCCAGCAAUAGCAUACACCAUCCACACCAAGAACCCUACCGCUGACGUCAGAAUAAAUUUAAAAGGAAUCACUAUGGGGAAUGGGUUUAGUGAUCCUAUAAAUCAGUUAAAUUACGCUGACUACUUAUACCAAAUCAGUUUAAUAGACUCCAAUAUCCAAACUACAAUGCAACAAAUCCAAGACGAAGGAAUCAAAGCCAUUCAAAAUAAAGACUGGGUUCAAGCGUUCAAAAUUUUCGAUGAUCUCCUAGAUGGAGACUUGAACAACAAAAGUUCCGUCUUCAAAAAUACAACAGGUUUUACCAACUAUUUCAACUUUCUGUAUACAAUUGACCCAAGCAGUGAAUUAAUCUACAUGGGCGCGUACAUCCAAAGGGAGGACGUUAGAGCUGCUAUUCAUGUCGGGAAUGCCACUUUCCACGGCGAAAAUAAAGACGUAGAAGUUCAUUUAAUAUCUGAUAUUAUGCAGUCUGUAUCUUCUUGGAUUGCUGAACUUUUGAAUCAUUAUCGGGUGUUGAUUUAUAACGGACAGUUGGACAUAAUAGUAGCCUAUCCAUUAACAGAAAAUUACUUGAAAAAUCUCAAUUUUAGUGCUGCUGAUGAAUAUAAGAAGGCGCAGAGAUAUCAGUGGUAUGUGGAUGAAGAUUUGGCCGGAUACGUCAAGCAAGCUGGAAAUUUAACAGAAGUUUUGGUUCGGAAUGCCGGACAUAUGGUACCAAUGGAUCAGCCAAAGUGGGCGUUUGAUUUAAUCUCUAGAUUUACACGCGAUAAACCGUUUCAUUAAAUAAAUAACAUGAAAUAAUGAUGUAAUAUCUGUUUAUAAUAUUAAAACUGCUCAGAGAAGAUCAAUAAUUAA